GUCGCUGUAACCUCAAAGAAACUUAACUUUCACAUGGAGGAAUUUGCAUUUGGGCAAACGGAAGACAGAAAGCAUCAACACUGACAGAGAAGAGGAUGCUGUGGGUCAGUGGAGGCUGCAGCUCAGACUGGUAACAGCAGUGGCACAGACUGAACGCCAUUUCUCAACUUGUAGCUUUGAGACCGACACUUGAAUUAGCAGAUAGCAAAAGGAGGAUGUGUGCUAGUUAGGUGCUCCCCUUUUUGUUUGUUUUUUGCUCAGUUUAAGCGGACGGUCAGGUUUCUUCUGCCGGAGUUUGAGCUCCUGUUAAGUUGCUGUGCAGAUGGAGCUGAGCAGGAGGAAAGUGCCUCUGUAUGGCCAGGCAAAGGUAUUUGCAUUGCUGGAGGGUUUAGACCCGGUGCCUGAGGAUGCAGAGGUCUACGUUGUUUUGGAAGGAUCCACACUGGUCCAUGUCACCAUGGCUCAGAAUGAUGUAAUGCUCUGCUUUAUAGUGCCUGGACAUAACCUGGCUGAGGUGGUCUCUGUCCAGGCCUAUCUGUGCUCUGAAACCACACCCCUCACCUGGGUGGGCGGAGCUUCAUUGGAGUAUGUCCAAGAUGAUGCUCAGGACCUGGCGGAGCACCUGGUGAUCCACGGACAUUGCCUGAGCUCCACAGAUCACAAGGAGCUGAGCAGCCUCUUCAACCUGGGCCAGGAGAGCUCUCGCUGGGCUAUAGAUCGCCGCGUGGCCCUGGCCAUGGCCAAUCUGGAUAUCCCUCCAAACUGGAAUGUACUGGGGAGCCACUGUGGAGACGAGCACAGUCUCAGGGAGUCUCCCCUCCACCUGGCCGUGCGAUGGGGUCUGUAUCGGCUGGCAGAGCUGCUGCUUUGUCAGCCAGGGGGUCUGAUGGCUGUCAGUCUGCCAAACGAAGAGGGAGUCACACCGCUGCAGCUGGCUCAGACUGCAGGCAGCACCGAGCUCCUGGAGCUGCUCACACACCCACCAAACCCUCUAGCCACGCCUCCAGCAGGCCUGUCUCAGGUGUGGGCAGACCGGUCCCGCUUGCUGAGGUUCUGUCAUGAUACGGGGAACCUGACUCUGACCGUCCGACAGAACCUGAGGUGGAGCUCGGAGGAGAGCCGGCACGCUGACAUCCUGCUUCUCAGAGACCGGCUCAGAGAUGAGGACUUCCUUAGAGAGCUCAAAGCUCUAAGGAGGGAACGGGUGGAGACCAUCUUAGUGAAGAACGUGGAGAAUGCACUGUAUUCAGAUAUGAAUGGAGCUGCUGUAGAAAAACAUGACUAUGAAGAGCCGCUGAUGUUUUGCCUGAUUGAAGAGGACGAGGAGGACGAUCCAUCACAGUCUUACUCUGAGAAAAGCCAGUCCAUAAGGGAGAGCCAGGCCCCAUCCCCGACUCUGGCUGCAGCCGCCAGACUGUCAGCGAUGAUACACGGCAAAGACAGAGUGUACGCUAAUGCUAUGCUGGUGGACCAGGUGGAUGACGCUGACAUUAAAUACCGCUCUCCAGGGGAGGAGGAAGUGAGCCCUGCACCCCAUCUUGGCAGCCCUAGCUGGGACUCCUUCUCCAUGACUCCCCCUGACUCAGGGAACUGCUCCCACCAGCACCCAUCAUCACCCUAUAAUGGGGAGAGGGGAAUCGAAGGCCCUGGCCUGGAGAAUCACAAGGAGCCAUCCCCUUGCAUAUCCCCCCCCUCUCCCUUUGCUUCCUCCCCGUCUUUUCCUUCCUCCCCCCUGGCUUCCGCCUUCCGUUUGUUCGAGGGAGUACAGAGGCGUCCGAUGCAGCCAUUUCUGCCAGUUUCUCCUGCUUUGAACCGCAGAGGAUACAGCUUAACUGAGGCGAGCCGGGGCCUGAGUCCUAGUCUCGAGUGUGACAGUGGAGAAGAAGACUUACUGGUACGCUCCUACCCCUGCUCAUCUGUAAAGAAGCAGUCCAUCCUGCGAUCCAGCUCAGGAGAGGAGAGGGACUCUUUCGACACGUCACCAGACUUUAACCACACACACUCUGACAGCACGCAUACGUCCAGCAAGAACCCAGAGGACGCCGAGGUUCGCCUGCGCUCCUACUCCUACUCCUCCCCCAAGGCGAAGCCAUCAAGGCCACUGCUAAACCGAGACGCAACCAUCACUGACCUGGCAGAAGAGCAGAGAGCAUUCAGCCCGACUGAGUCUACCAGAGAAAAGAGGGUUUUGGGUUUCCGUAAGCGGGCCCAGUCAGCAGAGGAGGAGAGCAGCCCAUCGCUCCAACACCUCACCCUCACAGAGUUCCUCAAAGAGAUCGAGGAUGAGGAGUUGGAUAAAUACAUAAUCCCGUCUAAGGUCGAAUCAGAGAAGUACAAAGUCAGCCGGACCUUCAGCUUCCUGAAGAGCAGGAUGUCCAGCACUCGCAGCAAGACCAAGGUGAAGGGGAAAGAGGUGAAGGAGGGAAAGGAGAAGUCAGGAGCCGCUAAUGGACACCAGUUUGUUCCUGUGUCUCCAUCUGGUCCCGCUCUCUGUGUGGCAUGCGAUAAGUCUGUUUCUGGGAAGGAGCUGUUGCAGUGCUCCAACUGUUUCCUGAAUGUCCAUAAAAACUGCAGAGAGUCUGUUGCAGCCUGUGGAAAGAAGCCGCAGGAGAGGAAUGCAUUGCUGACUAAAAGCAAGACCUUGUCUCUCCCACAGAACUCUGUGAAAGACAACACUCCAGCCAUUUUCUCCUCUUCGUCUACACUUCCCACGACGACCAGAGAGAAGAGAGAAACAGUCGCCCCUCUCUCCAAAAGCCUCUCCAUCUCGAUAGACAGCAGACGGCUGAGUGAUGCAGCAGGGGUCGACAGUGAGUGCAGUGUGACAGCUUGCACUAACAGCUCGUUAUCUGAUGAGGGAACAGCGGUCCCAGCGACUCCCCCUUCAGCCGAGCCGCCAAUCACCACACAGGAUGCUGUUGAUGCUCCUCUAAUGAGCGACCUGUCAGCUGACCUGCUGGGACUUGAGGUGGAGUCAUGGAGUCUGGCGGUCAGUCCGGAGUUCUGCAGGCAACACGACAGGCGCACCAUUAAACGACAGGAUGUUAUUUAUGAGCUGAUGCAGACAGAGCUUCACCACAUCCAAACCCUGACGGUCAUGUCGGAGGUGUUCAGGAGAGGCAUGCUGGAGGAGCUGCAGCUCGACUGGAGCUGUGUGGCCCGGAUCUUCCCCUGCUUGGACCCCCUGCUGCUGUUUCACAGAAAUCUCUUUGGAGCACUGCAGGAACGCCGACAGGCUUCGACCCAACCGGAGAACCCCCGGAAUUACCUCAUCCAUCAGAUUGGAGAUAUUCUGCUUCAGCAGUUCUCAGAUGAAAAUGCCGAGAAGAUGAAGCAGGUGUACGGAGAGUUCUGCAGCCAUCACACUGAGGCCGUCAAUGUCUUCAAAGAGCUGCAGCAACAAAACAAAAAACUGCAAAACUUUGUCAAACAACAGAGCAACAACACUCUGGUCAGACGGAGAGAGGUGCCCGAAUUUAUCCUGCUGGUCACUCAGCGCAUCACCAAGUACCCAGUGCUGCUAGAGCGGAUAUUACAUUACACUCAGGAGGGAAGUCAGGAACACUCUGACCUGUCAAGUGCUGUGGCUCAGAUCCGUGAAGUCAUCGCUUCUGUGGACCUGACUGUGAAUAAGUAUGAGAGGUGUCAGGAGAUGCAGGAAGUGCUGGCCCGGCUGGAGAACAAGAGCUUUGCCAAGCUAAAAAACGACAAGGUUUUUCGCAAACAGGAUCUGCAUAGCAAACACAGGGAGCUGCAUUAUAAAGGGCUUGUCUACUGGAAGACUGCCACAGGACGUCUGAAAGAUACUUUAGCUCUGCUGCUUACAGACGUUCUGGUUUUCCUACAAGAGAAAGAUCAACGCUUUGUAUUUGCUGCUGUGGACCAGAAGCCUCCUGUAAUCCCUCUGCAGAAGCUCAUUGUUAGAGAGGUAGCCAAUGAGGAAAGAGGGAUGUUCCUUAUCUCCGCCUCCUCAUUGGGACCAGAAAUGUAUGAAGUUCACACCACCACUAGAGACGAGAGGAAUGCGUGGAUGAGACACAUACGUCAAGCUGUAGAGAGUUGUCCUGAGGAGGAGGAGGAGGAGCAGCGAAACGCUGAGACAGAGGAGGCCAGGAGAGUGGCAGAAGUGAGAGUUCAGAAGAUCACCAAGUUCCAAGAGACGCUGUUGGGUCAGGACCAGCAAAUCUGCAACAGCCUUGAGGAGAAGUUACAGCUUUAUGCAGAGCUUACGGAGUUAACUCUCCGUUCACCAGAACCUGUACCACAUCGCCAUCUGCUGGUACAAGCAGACACUGACAGUGAGACGCCACGGCAGGCCUCAUCACUGCUCACAGCUGCAGUCAGAGAAGCGGAGAACCUGAUCACCAUUCUGCAGGCUCGUGAUGGCCUUACUGUAAAAGGUCCAAGCUCUCCGGUCCAAGGACCAGAGUGCUGCAGCUACAACAGCCACGGCAGCAGCAUUCAGGAGUCUCCCUCUGAGCCGGAUUAUCUGAGCACGCUCAGUAUGAGCUCCACCUCUCUUGGGUCAGACAGCGAGCUGACGGGGCUAGACAGCGUGUUGUGGAGCUCUGCUGUCGAGCUGAGACGAGGAGACACCAAAGGGACACUCUUAAAGGUGGCAGAGAGCGUUCAGAGUCUGACUCAGCUUCUCUAUAGUCUGCAGGCUGCUGUGACCCUCCAGGACAGCUGCUAUGAAGUCCAGAAACUCCUUCUUCAGGAGGGAGAAAGACCUCCGCUCCGAACCCUCACUUCCCUCCAAAACAGUCUGGAGCAGGAGAAGCAGAGGAGCAUCGAUAAGAAGAAAGAGGAAGUAGAAAAAAAGGGUUUAGAGAGGAAGAAAGAUAAGGUGGAUGAGAUGAAGAAACUCCAUGUGAAGCUGAGACAGGAGCAGCAACGCUGGGACAAAGAGUGUCUGGCCAGAGAGAAACAACAAUGUGAACAGGACAGUGUGCUGGAGCAGCGGGAGCAGCGGUGCCUCCUGGAGGCCGAGCGUCUGCGCUGUGAGCGUGAGGAGCUGGACGCUCAGCUGCUGGAGUAUCAGCAAAAUCUGGACCGACUGAGGGAGGGCCAGAGGAGUGUUGAGAGGGAGAAGGAGAAGAUUGAAGCCCAGCAGCGGCUACUGCAGACCUGGAGACACAACCGCCAGAGCAGCCUGCCUGUUACGAUACCAAUGGAUGGAUACAAGGUGUCCAGCCACAGCCGCUCAGGCAGCCUGGAUGCUAACUGUUCAGUGUACAAGAACGAGGUGGCUUUACUUGCCUCCCUCCAGCAGAACCACGUCCACCAGCCCGCCAAGAAAAACCAGCACCAGUGUCUGCUCUCUGCUCCGAUUAACAACCAUGACAGCCCUCUGAACAGCCAUGACAGCCCUCUGAACAGCUCCAGCUACACCGCUAACAUCGGCCUUAGUGCCAGCCUCUACAACAGCCUCAACACCCUGCUGAGCCAGGCACACAGCAAACAGCCUCCAGAUGGUCUGACAUACCCAAACUACAGCAACAACCACGGCUGCCCCCGGCCUCUGAAUGACACCAUCCACCCCUUCAGCAGCAGGGUCACUGCACAGCCACAAAAGACCAACAACACAGACUUCAGCCCGCCGUUGGACAGGCGAUCCCUAGGUCCCUGGAGGUCAGAGGUCACAGGUCACAGACUUUAUGAGGAUGUCUACUCCUCGUCUCUCUCUCUUACACCCCUCCUUCCCCCGCAGGCCUACCUCUCUCUUGAAGGACAGAACGGGGAGGAGGGAAGCGAGGAGAACAUUGUUUAUCUCUGAGAACCUUUACAGAGAAACGAGCAAUGCAAGCUGCCCGACAUAUAACUGGACCCAAAAUAAUAUAUAUGUUUCUUAUAUGUGUUUGUGUAUAUGUGUGUGUUUGUUUUCAUUUAGAAAAACCUGAUUAAUCAAAUAAGAGAACCGUUGCAGGGAGGAAACAUACACAGAUAUUAUGUGCCUUUAUCCGUGUGUGUGUGGUGGCCAUUAAUCAUUCUCUUCCUGCAUCAUGAAGCCAUUGUGCCUUUUUGCAAACAAAUUCUUUGUAAAUCAGCUUCGAUACUGGUAGCCCAAGUUUUACUUCUACCAUGGUUGCACUUGGUUGAUGGCAGAGGUACAUUUGUACCCCAAACACUGGGACCUAAAGUACCAGGAUAUCAGGACAAAGUAUUGAUGUUAUUUUCCCCUAAGCACUUAAAAUGGAAAUAUUUGAGAAACCAAUUGAGCCCUUCCCCAAACUCUGUAUGGAUUUCUCCAUGUGAUCAUUUAAUAAUAUUUACAGGGGAUCUUGAUCUAAAAGACAAUAAAGGUAUACUGACAUUAUUGUAUAAAUAUUAAAUAUAUGUAUAGUUUUAUGGAAAGGCUACCUAUGUUGAAAGAGGAACUUAUAUUCCAAUUGUUAUUUUUCUCACUCAAGUGCCAAAUAUCUUGCUAUCUGAUACUGUAAGUGAUUUCUGUAAAGAAUGGCUGUAUGUUUUCUCCUUUUCUGAUAAUUUAUUGUGUGUAAAUUGCUUAAUUUACUGUCCACAUUAAUAAUAUUUUUGUUUGAUAUGUGUUCUCUUGUAAUCAGAAUUUUGUUGUGCCAUAUCAAUAUUGUGCUGACUAUAAAACUAUUGGCAAAAA